AUGGAGGCGUUGCUGAAGAAGGUGGACCUAGGUGUUGAGGAUUUCGACAAGCUCAUGGACAACCACAAGCAUGCGAGCCAGCCGAACCAGCGCGAGAAGUAUGAGGAGACGAUGAAGGCUUCCAUCAAGAAGCUUCAGAGAGAUCGAACUCAACUGUCCGCCUGGAUAUCCGACAAGAACAUCAAGGAAAAGUCCCCUUUGAUAGAAGCGAGGACCAGGAUAGAGAAUCGCAUGGAGUGCCACAAGACAUUCGAGCGGGAUGUGAAGAAUCGUGGCCCCUACAAAGAAGAGCGCUUGGAUCCCGACCAGGAGAAACGCGCCGAAUGCCGGAGUUGGAUGAGGGAGAAGGUGAACGAGCUUGCGCAGGAGAUUGAUGAGUUCACGGCCGUCAUCGAGCAGCUCCAAGUAAAGAAGGCCUCAGGCGCCAACAAAGAUGAGUCCCAACUUCAGUUCAACAAGCGGAUGCAGGAGUCCCACCGAUGGCAUGUUACAAAGCUGGAGCAGCUGCUUCGCAAGCUUGACAACCAGGAGCUGGACCCCGAGGCACUGGAAGAUUUGAAAGAUAUGUUGGAGAUGUACUUGGACCCAGAGCAGAACAGUCGAACGCUGGAAAUGUUUAGCGAGUACGAUGACAUCUACUCCGACUUCCACCUUGAGGAGGUUCAGGACUACCUGGCUCAACGAGUUCCGAGUCAUAAUGAGGAAGGGGACGACAAGGAGGAGCCGCCAAAGAAGGAGGAACCCAAACCAAAGGAGAUGCCGAAGCCAAAGCCUGCACCCACGGUAUCUGUGCACCCUGUGCACAAGACAGUCAUUGAGGACAAAACUGAGGAUGCAAGCUCCAGCUCCGUGGCACCGAAGACGGCGACCCCGAAGCAGAUCGCAACCAAAGCUCCGUCAGCAACUCCGUCACUGGCUGCAGCAUCUUCCUCUGCCAUGCCGUCCCAACCUCCGCCCGUCCAGCCACAGGCACAGACGCAAGCCCAGCCGCCGGCCCAGCCACUGCAGCUGCAGCUUCAACCGCAAGCACAACUUGGGCCGCCGCCCGCGUUACCGCAGCCUAGCACCGCUGGCCCAACACAGCCGCCCCCGAAGCAGCCUCCACAGGUUGGAUCAGCUCCCCCGGAACAGCCUUUGCCGGCCCCCCCGGUCACUUCCGUGCCACCCAGGCCCUUCUCGCCACCAACGCGGCCUCCAACAACAACAGCGCUAGCAGCGCAUCCGCACGAGCCGCCGAGCGUGCCACCGCCGCCGCCAACGCAACCACCAGCCUCCCAGCCUGGACAGCCUGGACAGCCUGGACAGCCUGGACAGCCUGGACAGCCUGGACAGCCUGGACAGCCUGGAGCCAAGAAGCCGCCGAUGGCAGUGCUAAACAACCGGGCCCCGCCCAACGAAGCACCACCGGCACAGCCUCCCCAGGAAGCAGUACCCGCACCCGCACCUGCACCAGCGCCUGCACCCGCACCGGCACCCGCGCCCGCGCCUAUGCCACUCGCAGAUGCCCAGGCAGGACAGGCACCAACCCCAGCGGCAUACGACGUGCCACCCCUAACAAGGGCGCAGGAGAGAGCCCAUACCCUGUUAGAGUCGUCCGCCAGGCACAUGCCUCAGGCCUCAGACGUUAGAAGAAACCGGAAAUACCAGCCGCAGAACCCAUAUGUGCAUUUGGAUGCCAAUGGCCAGCCGAUGUUUCGCACAGAGGGCGUCCGGUCGUUUGAAGACCCGACACUGUUUGAGCGCUUCGAACAGGACACUUUGUUCUGGGCAUUCUAUCAUCAACAGGGAACUUAUCAGCAGUACCUGGCCGCCAAGGAGCUCAAAAAGCUGUCCUGGCGAUACCACACCAAGUAUCUGACUUGGUUCCAGCGGCAUGAAGAGCCACGGCUGACCGCACCCGACUUCGAACGAGGCACCUACGUCUUCUUUGACUUUGAUGGACAGUGGGCGCAGCGAAUCAAGGCUGACUUCACCUUCGAGUAUGCCUGGUUGGAGUCCGGCGAGAUCUGA